CCACCUACAUUAUGAGAAAGGAGGUGCAAAGUCGGCAGAAGUCUUGCUAGAAUUACCGGAAACUCGAGUAAAAUUUCAUAAACGAAACUGGAAUCAGUGGAGCACACAAACAAGACCAAAGCAGAUAUAAUCCAACCAAGGAUAAUUAAAAUCUUAAAGAAAAUGGACCCCUUACAACCAUCUCAAUCCCAAAAGGAAUUCCUCUCUGUUGCUGGUUUAAUUGGUUGUUCGAACAUCGUUGAAAUUCAGACGGUGUCCGAGAUAGAAGUCCUUGGGAGCAGUAAGAAUGUCGGAACUCCUAGCCAUGAAACUAAAUUCCAGUGCAGUGCAUGCGCAAAGGCUUUUAGGCUUGAGAGUCAACUCCUACGACACAAGAAUACACAUCGUGGCGACAGUCGCAGACCCGUCGUAGAGUUACUGCCACCAUACAUGUAUACCUCCUUAAUCGAUGAGAUUUCUGAAAAUUCAGAGAGGCCAAGAAAGAAAGCUAAGAAGGAAGGGAGCGAUAAUGAGGAAACUGUGGGUUGGAGAUUCAAAAUACUUGGACGUAGAAGAGACAGGAGAGGAGUAACUGGUGUGAGAGGAAAUCAGCAAGAGGGUCCCAAAUCAGCACCUGGAUGGGGCAGGGAGUCUACCAGUUCCACCAAAGAUCUGACAGCCACAGAGGAUCUGACAGCUGGACAUACGGAACAGGAUCCAGAAACGUCAGCACUGAAGAGAAGGGCCAAGGAUGUAAACUCGGUUAAAAGUGGGCAAUUGAGUAGUCUUGUGUCAGCACCUGAGAUCAGCCCUGCGAAGGACAGCCGCUUUCCUUGUGGUCUCUGCAGUGAAAGGUUCUCAAGCAGUGCUAAGCUGAAGAAGCACAUGUUCGUACAUUCAGGCUUCAGCUGCGAUGAAUGUGGCGGGUUGGCAUUUGCAUCCAAUGCUGCACUGAGGAGACAUUUGCUCGUUCAUUCUGAGAAACCAAAGAAGAGUCAAGAUGCCACAUCAUCAGCAACAAAAAAGAGUACCAAGUCUCCUUCAUUCCAGAAGCCAAAGAAGGGUCGAGAUGCCACAUCAUCAGCAACAAAAAAGAGAACCAAGUCCCUUUCAAAAUCCAAGGAUUCAAAAUCUCUACAAAAAGGGCAACCAAGUGCUGUAGCUCCUAAACGUGCAAUAGGUGCGGGAGUGCAAUGGGGUGUUUUUCCAUGUAAUCACUGUGAUAAGGUGUUUUCACGCCCUAAUCAGCUCAAAUUUCAUAUGAUCGCACAUUCAAACGUCAGCUGUGUAUUAUGUGAUGGGUUGACAUUCACAUCAAAUGAAGAAUUUAGAAGGCAUUUGAUUACACACUCUGGCCAGCGGUGGUCCUUGAAACGAGAAAAGGAUUAUUCUCAAUCAUUGACAUCUAAUGGAAACACAGAGUCCCCCAAAAAGUCAGUCAAAAAGCGUAUUCAUUGUAGUGUGUGUAAGAAGUCUUUUGCUCGUCCCUGUUACCUUAGGAAGCACAUGGUUGUGAGUGAUUGUGCAUCCAAGAAGGCUCUGAAGGCUGCCAGACGUAAGAAAUACAGUCCUAAAUCGUCAGGGGCAGAAGGAAAGCAUGAGUCCCCCCAAAAGGAAGUCAAAGAGCGUAUUUAUUGUAGUUUGUGUGAUAAAGGGUUCUCUCGUCCACAGCGCCUUUGGAAACAUAUGGUUGUACAUGGCUACAUAUCCGAUAAGCCUGCAGAGACUCUGAGAAGUAAGGAAAUAGGCCCUAGGUCAUCAUCACCUAAAGAAAGCAUUAAUUCCUCACCAUCUAAAGAGCACAAGUCUGUGAAAAGUGGGCAGACUAAAAGAAGCAACAAGUCCUCAACAUCCAACAAACCGCUGCCUGUACCAAGUAGACAACCUAAAGGAAGAACAAAGUCUUCAACAGCCAAAGAACUGAUGCCUGCGCCAAGUAGGCAAGCUAAGAAGAGCAAGAAGCCCUUGGCUGACAAAGGACAAAUGCCUGUAGCAAGUGGGCAAGUAAAUAUCAAUGCCUCAGGACCUGUGGGAAGUGUCGUCGAGGACAAACCCUUUCCAUGUAUCCUGUGUAGUAAGAAGUUCUCUAAGCUAUCGCAGCUCAGGAUCCACAAGGCCUCUGUGCAUUCAGACUACAACUGCGACCGAUGCGACGGGUUGUCAUUCCCUUCCAGAGAGCAGUUGAGUAGCCAUAUGCUUAUACAUGCCAUGCAGUUGAAAUGCCCCCUGUGCGACGCCAUGUAUUCCUCUCAAAACACCUUGUUGGAGCACAUUGCCACUCACUCCGAUCCUGUCCUUCUUAUAUGUGAGAUAUGUUCAUCUACCUUUCACUCGCUCAAGUCCUUGAAAAUGCACCAAAUUAUGGAUCACUCUCAAUCGAUAUUGAUAAAUACCAUUGAAACUCAGGAAAAGGAGAAGAGAGAACUUGUUAAAAAGAAAAGGAAGAAGCAAAGGAAAAAGUACAACCAAACUGUACUUGAAAAAAUACCAGGUUAUUAGGUUCACAUCAGGGAUUGGGUGAGGCAAAGUCUCACUGCAAGUGUUUCCUUUUUUUUUCUUUCUUCCCCUUGGGCCUACCAACAUGGUCAGAGGUCUUUUACCAGAUCCGCCCUCUUAGGCUCUUUGGAAUAUGAAGUGAUAAACUGCAGCAUGAUUUUUUUCUUUCUUUUCAUAACUUGUCAGUGUAUAGUACCGGUAAACGUGCA